AUGGCAGCCUGGCUUCACACUUCCACCGCCUCUGCAGCAAGACGACUGUCAGCUCUCACAAGGCAAAUCUCGACCAACAAGCCCCGCGUUAUCCUGGGUCUGAUGACCUUUGGUCCACCCGGGUCCGAACCCAAUGGUGCUCGCAUGACCUCUCUCAGCGACUUCAAGGCAUUUCUCGAUUACUUCCAGGGCGAGGGCUACGCCGAGAUCGACACCGUCCGCAUCUACGUCGAUGGCAAGCAGGAGGCCUUCACGCGCACCGAUUCCAUCGACAUCUUUUAUCUGCAUGCGCCUGAUCGCUCCAUUCCCUUUACUAAAACCCUAGAAGCCGUCAACGACCUGUACAGUGAGGGCAAGUUCCGCCAGCUCGGUCUGUCCAACUAUGCGGCGUGGGAAGUCUCGGAGCUAUGGAACAUUGCCAACAAGAGGGAAUACGUGAAACCUACUGUUUACCAGGCCAUGUACAACGCCAUCACGAGAGAUAUUGACUCUGAGCUGGUUCCCUGCUGCCGCAAAUACGGCAUCAAUAUUAUUGCCUACAAUCCACUGGCCGGUGGCGCCCUCUCGGGGAAAUACAAGUCAGCCGACAUUCCCAGCGAAGGACGAUUCUCCAGUAUCAACGACAGGCAGGGCCAGUUGUGCCGCGACCGCUUCUUCAAGGACUCGACCUUUGAGGCUUUGCGAUAUAUCGAACCUGUAGUGCAGAAACAUAACCUGACUUUGGUGGAGGUCGUAUUCCGAUGGGUGAUUCACCACGGCCUGCUCAAGUUUAACGGCGUUGGCGAGGGCGGCAACGAUGGUAUUUUGGUCGGAGUAGGCAGCCUACAACAGCUCAAAGAUAACUUAGACAAUAUCUACAAGGGGCCACUGCCAGAGGAAGUGGUUCAGACUUUGGGUGAGGCGUAG